CAAAUUGCCCAUAACGUCUUGGUGGAAGGUGGUACGGCAGCCUUUCAGUCAAAGCUGAGGGAGUUAUGUCACAGCUCAUUCAAUGCUGCUUCUGGGGCUCUCUGCCAAACACAGAAUGGACUGUCAACACAGAAACAUGGCUGCCUCUGCAACGGGUAAGGGGAGUAACAGAGAUAACGCUGCCACGGACAGUCAGAAAUGUCACGGAGAGUCUCUGUCGCAGUCACGGGAAAUAAUCAAACCCACCAUCACGGAGCUGACCAAAGAAGUGAGGACGAACAUCCUCUGCACCGUGGAGGGAUGUGGCAAGAUUCUCCCCAACACACCUGCAUUGAACAUGCAUCUUGUCAAGUCACACAGGAUAAAGGAUGGUAUGGUCAAUCCCACGGUCAGAAAGGACAUGAAGGGCUCUCAGAAGCUUUACUGCUGUCCAAUCGAGGGUUGUCCCAGGGGACCAAACAGACCUUUCUCCCAGUUCUCCCUGGUUAAACAACACUUCAUGAAAAUGCAUGCAGAGAAGAAACACAAGUGCUUCAAGUGCAACAAUGGCUACAGCACGGAGUGGGACCUAAAGAGGCACAUAGAAGACUGUGGGAAGACUUACCACUGUACAUGUGGGUGCCCCUACGCUAGCAGGGCCGCGUUACUCUCACAUAUCUACAGGACGGGUCACGAGAUCCCUACAGAACACAGAAUUCCUCCAGUAAAAAAGCGAAAGAUGGAGAAACUGUUGAGUGGUUCUGAAAAAGUUAAGAUCAAUGAGCCGACCUGUCAGAUCAUGUCUGCCAGUAAAGAGCUGACGGAGACUGCCCUCCCUUGUGAUACAACAGUUCACAUCCCAGACUCAGUCAUUCAGAACUCAAACCCCCGCAGGAGCCUCCAGAAGUUGCUCCUACCGAAGCCCAAGAUGGCUUUGGUCAGUGUUCCUGUGAUGCAGCUGGCCCACCUGCCUGUCCUUCUUCCGUCUACAGAAGGUGGCGCUCUGAGGUCUGUAGUGCUGGCAGUGGACAGCCAAGGCUCCCUCAGCACCCUUCAGCUCCUGCCACAGGCCACGGGAGCUGUGGUGCCCCAGCUUGACGCUAAGAGUUUGGUUUUCAAGGACAGCAUGCCUACUUCCCGCUCUAGCUUAGGGCCCAUUAGCACAGGAGUGCAGGUUAGUCUGGACCCUGCAGGCACAGAAGACACAGCCAGCAGCCCGGCAGGACAGCGAGGAAGAAGCACAUCCACCACGACCAUUCAGACGGACAAAUCGUACUUGUCCAAAAUGCCCGCAGGAGUGGGAGUUGGGGACGGAAUAGGCUUGUGCUCUGUGGGUGAGUCCUCAGUGUCGUCCUGCUCCCAAACGGACAUCAGCGUGAGUGCCCAGGUCCUCCUGCCGGUCAGUGUUGAAACCCAGACAUUCUCCUCCCGGGCCAAAGCCACAUCAACUAUUGGAGCUCAGACAGACAGCCAGUGCAUGAGCCAAAUUCCCUGCUCCUCCUCAUCUGUGCCCCCCUACAGAACCAGGCAAACACAGACAUAUUUUGCUAUGCCACAGUCAGAAGAGAAGGCUCAGGACCAGGCUAUCAUGUGUGCUGAACUAUUUGGCAGCGACUCCCUCAGUGUCUCCACCCAGACAGCUCUGGACAUGGAUGAUACCCUCACUGCAGCAGGAAGCAGUAUAUAUGGGGACUCAAAGUCAGCGGGUGGGCUGUGUUUUGCAGUGCAGACGGAUGAGCUCAACUCAAACAAUAUGGCAGACAACCAGACCCAAACAAUGACGCUGUUGAAUGACCUUGAAAACAUUCUGUCUGACAGCAUGUCGGGCCACCAGGUGCUCACAGAGGCCUCCGCAGGCUGUGGGUCAGGUCUGGGCUCUGUUCAGGAGCAGCCUAAUGGCAUUGACUUUGACUUUGAAGAGUUUCUCAGUGCUGUGCAUAUUCAGACACAGACAGAGGAGAGCGAGCUGGGAGGACUGGGUGGGGACACGCCGCUGGAGUCUCUGGACAUCCAGACUCAGACGGACUUUCUCCUGAUGGAUGAAGUGGACCAAGUACGAACCCAAGCUAGCGACUUGGAGCUAUUUGAUAUUCAGACUCAGACGGACCUCAAUUUCCUGCUGAGUGCCGGAAGCCACAUGCCGCUGAGCAGCAUCCUACGACAUUCAAGCUUUUCCAUGAGCACAGAGUCGUCAGAUACCGAAACCCAGACUGAUCUCCCGUCAUUUGCCACAAGCCUCUCUGCUCAGACCCCCGUCAGUCAGGGUGAGCACGGAAGGUUGCUGAACAGCACAGAGACCCAGACGGUGCCCAGCCAGGCAGACGGCCUGGGACACCUCUUCCUGACGAGCAACGAGACACAAACUGUCAUGGACGACUUCUUGUCAGCAGACCUGGCAUGGAACAUGGAGUCCCAUUUCAGCUCUGUGGAAACCCAGACAUGUGAGGAGCUUUGUGCUCUCUUUCAGCAGCCAGAGAAACCCAACAGUUGAAGCCCUCUCAGCAUAAGCUUUUGCACUACCGGUUUCCUCAUCUCUGCUUCCUGUGAGAGGAAUCAGUCUAAGCUGUCCUCCAGCGGACCACAGUCUUGGCAGUAAGAAGUCUGCGAAAAAAUGUCUUUGAACAUUCCACUGGAGACGUCAUGUCCAGAGCCUUUCCAGGUAUACUGUAUAUCCUGACAGCUCAGCUGCACUUUAUUCGCUCAACGGGCAUGAAUUAUCAGCUCCUGUGAUGGUUUACAUAUUUAUUUGCACAUAAAGUAACAUAUUGUACGUGUCUUGUCUGAAAUGACAGUUUACUUAUUAUACAUUUCAGUGUAAAACCUCCAUGACUGGUUUUCACUGCUCAGUCUAACUUGCAGUUUCAAAAUGACUCAAAACAUUUCAACAUCAGAUCUGCACUUAAAAGGGAUGACAUCUUCAGAUAUGUGCGGCUGUCAAGACAAGGCUUAUGAAAUUGGUUCCCAUAUAUGACAGCUUUCUGAUAUGCAUAUGCUGCAUGAAACAAUCUCAUCUAAGCUCUACAGCAAACAACGCUGUGCGUAUAGUUGACGUAUCUUUGGAAAUGUGCAUGAAGCCUUCACUUGGUCAGCAGUGCAGAAGCAUUAAAAAUAUCUAUUCUCAGCUUGUGUAUCUGAUGGCUGCCUUUGUGGAUGUCGCCUUGUCAGUGGCAGCAAAACUAUUAACUCUCAAUUACAUCUUGUAAGCUUUGCGGCCAGUGGAAAACUUGUGCAGUGAGUGAUCAGCUUUAUGUUUUCCAACAAUAAAAAAACCCCGCAAAGCCUUUGACAGGGAACAAGGCUUUGCUCAAUGCCGUUGAGAUGCAUCUCUGACAGAUACCGUUACUCUUACAGACGUGUCACAAAUUAAAAAAAAAAAAAAGAAAUGUUUGUCUCGUCAGUUGUUGCACAUUUUUCAUUGAAAUGUGAUUGUGAAGUUCGAUGUCGUGUUAACAGUUUGUUUUUUUUAUGUCUGGGCCUCUAUAGCUAAGCAGUCAGUACACGUCAGUAAGCAGACUAGGCUGUCGUCGUCCUUGACUUAUUCAUUAGCUGGGUGUAAGUGUAUACAGUAGCAGCAGUACUCGGUGCUGUAGUGAUCCAGUGACGUUACUGUACAGAAACACAUAGUGGAUUAGAGCAAGGAUUAGCAUAGAGUUGUUGUAUGUAUUCGCCACCUAAUUUUAAGGUGGAGUCCUGUUUAAUAUCUUAUGUUACAAUCGGCAGAUUCCCACACUGAAAAUUGGCCAGUAAUUUUAAUUUAACUUUGUUCUCUUUUCCCAGCUACUCAACUUCUGAUUAUAUUUUUCACUACACCGAUGCACUGAGUUACCUCAUGAAGCACAGGCACCAUAUGCAGUAUGUUCUUCUAAGGAACCUAGAGCUAUUGGCCUUGAUUAUCUGUUUAUUUUGUUAUGUUGGUGCCUUAACCCAAGUAUUAGCUUUAGUUCUGUUAAAAAAAACUAUCUGCUGCUUUAUAUUCAUGAACAGAAUCACACUAGAAUAUGUUUUGGAAAAUGAACAAAUACUGAAAACUGUCAGAAUCCUUUCCGUCUUUUGCUUUGCAUGUUUAGUCCAUCCUGUGUUUGUAUCACCAUCAUGACUGCAUGAACUACUGGAAUGUCCGUAAUUGUUCUCCAUAGUCUCUAUGGAAAGAUUUCUGUUCCGUCACUUGAAAUUAAUGCUAUGCAGCAUUUUAUCGUGGAUGUUUUGUUUCACUAUUUUUAUGGACUGAUGGUAGAUUCUGUUGAAGUUUGUACUGUAGAUGAAGAAUGUACAGAACAUGACACUGUGCCCAAGUAUAACAUGCUUUAUAUUUUGCACCUCAUCUUAACAGUUAAAGGAUAAUUUCCCCUCUGUGGAUAAAGAUUUUGACACUCACGUUAAAUUUCAACAUUUUCUUGUAUUGAGAUUAGUACUUCUAGUUUGUGGUUCUUGAAUUUAAAUGGAGCACAGCAGCUCCCUGCUUGUUUAGUGGCACGGGGGGAAAGCGUUGCUUCAAACAGAACUAUGUGCAGAAGCCUUGUCAGUCUCAAGUUUCAGUUACAGUGCUUUAUUUUUCUCCCUGUUGGGAGUGCAUGCUGAUACUUUCCCAGCACAAAAUAUUCGUAUUUAAGCAGAAUUUGAGUUUCUGUUGCCUCUAUGUGUAGAGUUAAUGGCUGCCUUGAUUAAUUGUUAAAGCUACACUACAGAUGUUGCUAAUAAACUGCUGGAAAGUGU